UUUAGUUAGCUCGCUGCUAGCAGCUAGCUGUUACCCGGAGCUCACUGCCGAGCUGUUGUCAGCGUAGUAGCCGUAUCAGUAUAUUUCUUUACUUUUAACAGGUGCAACGAUGACCCUCUGACACCAAGAAUGGACAUAAGUUAACGAUGACGGGGGAGAAAAAGAAGAAAAAGCGGCUGAACCGCAGCAUUCUUCUUGCAAAGAAAAUUAUAAUAAAAGAUGGAGGAAGUCACAGCAAGCUGCGUCGGACCACUCGGCCAUCAAGAUUUCGCUUUCAACAUCCAGCCGUUGCAUCUAAUGGGCUUAGAUGCUCACGAGUCCAUAACAAAGUGUGAUCUCUAACUGUGAAGCUGGGUGUCAAUUCAAUGGAGAGGAAGUUGCAACAUCCGUGUGCCUCAGGGAAUCGGUGAGCCCAGUGUUUACCAUGCUGUGGUCGUCAUCUUCCUGGAGUUUUUUGCAUGGGGUCUCCUCACGACGCCCAUGCUCACGGUUCUACACCAAACAUUCCCCCAACACACAUUCCUGAUGAAUGGGCUCAUUCAUGGUGUCAAGGGCCUACUAUCAUUUCUUAGUGCUCCGCUGAUUGGAGCUUUAUCAGAUGUGUGGGGACGCAAGUCUUUCCUGCUGCUAACAGUCUUCUUCACAUGCGCGCCCAUUCCACUGAUGAAGAUCAGCCCAUGGUGGUACUUUGCAGUGAUCUCCAUGUCUGGCGUCUUUGCCGUCACCUUCUCCGUGAUCUUUGCCUAUGUGGCCGACAUCACGCAGGAGCAUGAGAGGAGCACAGCAUACGGCUUGGUAUCGGCAACAUUCGCAGCCAGCCUGGUCACCAGCCCGGCCAUCGGCGCCUACCUGUCCGUGGCCUACGGCGACACCUUGGUGGUGAUCCUGGCCACGGCCAUCGCCCUGCUCGACAUCUGCUUCAUCCUCGUGGCUGUGCCAGAGUCGCUGCCGGAGAAGAUGAGGCCAGCGUCGUGGGGAGCGCCGAUCUCCUGGGAACAGGCAGACCCCUUCGCCUCGCUGCGUAAAGUGGGCCAGGACUCCACGGUGCUGCUCAUCUGUAUCACAGUGUUUCUCUCCUACCUCCCCGAGGCCGGCCAAUACUCCAGCUUCUUCCUCUAUCUCAGACAGGUCAUAAGCUUCUCAUCAGAGACGGUGGCUGCCUUCAUCGCCGUCGUGGGGAUCCUCUCGAUACUCGCUCAGACGUUGGUGUUGGGGAUCCUGAUGCGUUCGAUAGGGAACAAGAACACGAUCCUGCUCGGCCUCGGAUUCCAGAUCCUCCAGCUGGCGUGGUACGGCUUCGGAUCUCAGCCCUGGAUGAUGUGGGCAGCUGGAGCUGUUGCAGCCAUGUCCAGCAUCACCUUCCCUGCAAUCAGCGCCAUCGUGUCCCGUAACGCAGACCCAGACCAACAAGGCGUCGUCCAGGGGAUGAUAACAGGAAUCCGAGGCCUCUGUAAUGGUUUGGGCCCUGCUCUGUAUGGUUUUGUCUUCUACUUGUUCCACGUGGAGCUGACUGACACGGACAGCUCUGAGAAAGGUGCCAAACUCAACAUGGCCAACCCCACUGAUGAGAGUGCCAUCAUCCCAGGUCCUCCCUUCCUCUUCGGCGCAUGCUCAGUGCUGCUGUCCCUGCUGGUCGCCCUGUUUAUCCCAGAGCACACGGGGCCCGGCGUGAGGUCCGGCGCCUACAAGAAGCACAGCAACGGCGCACAGAGUCACUCCCAUAGCCCCCAGGGCAGUGGGGCAGAGGGCAAGGAGCCUCUGCUGGAGGACAGCAGUGUAUAACCUCAGCUACGGGGGGGCAGACACCCUCAGUCCACCCAGAAAACCCCCCGCACAAAUGGACAAACACACACAUUUUAACCACAUGGACACACUCGCACCUCAGGCACACAUCAGACUCGAGUGCCCGCAAAGAGGUGUGCGCGUCUGUGUAUUUGUGUCCACAGCACAAGAGGUGGGCACUCGUUCCUUAGCAGCCCUGUUUUUUGUUUUUUUAAAGCAGGGUUAUUGUGAGGACUCUCAAAAGACCCUGUACAAAGAGAGUGUGUUGAGUAUUUCUCGGGCUGCAGUGGAAAGGUGUGUGUGUGUGUGUGUGUGUGUGUGUGUGUGUGUGUGUGUGUGUGUGUGUGUGUGUGUGUGUGUGUGUGUGUGUGUGUGUGUGUGUGUGUGUGUGUGUGUGUGUGUGUGUGUGUGUGUGUGUGUGUGUGUGUGUGUGUGUGUGUGUGUGUGUGUGUGUGUGUGUGUGAGACUUGGUUGAGCUUGGACCCUAAUCAUUGGUUUCUAUCAAAACAGUAACAGAGCGGAGCGCACAGCAGUUCGCCGCCCUCCUAGUGCAAAACAGAACCAGAAGUGAUUCGGUGUAGUGUGUGCGAGUGGGGGUUUAUCCCAAAUGAUCCUAAAUCCCUGUGUGAUUCCUCGUAUUCCUCCUUAGCCAGCGAAGUGUCCGCUGUCUGUCCGACAAAAGUGUUACAAACAGCUCGUCGGACGCUUCGUUUUUUGGUCUUGCACGAGUUUAACCUACUGUUCCGAUGCGACUGUAGCUCCGAGAGGGAAACGCUGUUCUUCUUCCCCUUAAUGCGGAAGCACAGUUGACUGUAACACCUGUGGGGGGAGCCUGUGCAGAGCAGUGACAGGACGGGACGACCAGUUCACAUAUUUAAAAAAAAAAGAAAGAAGAAAAAAAAAGCUUCGUAAGACCACACUUUGUUUGAUUAUCACACUUCCUACAGAGCGACGUGUGCGACUGAGACCACUUUAUUAGCUGAAACAGUUUUCUCAAUGUUUACUUGCCCUCCUCUUGAUUAGUAGUACAGUUUGGGUUGUAUAUUUUUCUGUUGAAACUGAAGGCUAGUCGUACUUCGAGUUUUUAAUUCAAGAAACAAAAUGUUGCCUUGAAGUGACUUUAAGAUAUAAAGAAACUAUAUAGAGAUAUAUUACGUAACCUGUAUGAAGACCGAGGUCUGAGACGGCUCUGUAAUCUUACGCUAUCGCUCCCAUCGGAGCCGUUACACACUUUUUAUUCCCCUUUUUUGUUUUAAUUUUCUUCCUGUUACUUAGUUUGCUGAUAUUUAUCACCGACGGGUUCAAGGCUUCUUCUACAGCGAUGGUUUUUAUUUCAAUAAAGCCUCUGGACCAUUGGGAGCCGGAGCGUCGCUAUCAGCAUGUCAGUGUCGGCACUGACUGUUAACACGGAGACUUUGACUUAAUAUCAUAAGGUUUAAAAAAUAAAAAUAAAAACUAAAUAUCAGUGUGGAAGUAAGUGAUGUAAUGUGGCGGACAAAGAUUUCGACAGCGGCGAUUGGAUAACAACGGUUUUCUGUUUAAGAUUCGGUCACCGCAGGAGCGCAGCACGACUCUCGGCCGACAAACGGCGGAUUGUAGAAAGUUCAGAUGUGAACUGAACUCGUUUGUAAAGUCACCAACUCGCAAUUGACAGGCUGCAGGUUCUCCACAAGGGGGAGCUAUUGGCUCACUGUAGGAGAGAUGGCAGCGGCAGCAGCAGGUCAGACCAGUAGAUAAAGGAGCGUUUGUCGCCUCCCACAGGCCAGGGGAGGAAUAGCUGCUUCGAUAUGAGCAGAUGUUAACAGCUGUAGAUUUUCAUUUAGCUAGUGUUUGAAUUUUUGUUUCUUUUUUUCAGACAUAAAAUGUAACAUUCAGUUUUAUAUUUAUCAAUCCUGACAAUUAUUGAAAUUAUAAUAAUAAUGCGCCCAUCCUAAAUCAACCAAAGCUAAUUACCAAAACAGAAUAUAAAUACAUAUGAUUUUUACCACACUCAAAGAAAACAACAAGAAAAAAUGUAAAGGUAUCAAUCUAACAACAGGAAUAAAAACAUGGAUAUAUUCAUUUUUAUUUUUUUUUCAUCCUUCAGUGAACACUAAACCUUCAGAUAGAAAUAGAAAAGGAAGACGUCAGGUUUUACACGACGUGACUCAGAUAAUCGUGAACUCGUCUAUAAAUAUGAUCCGGUGAACAUAAUAAAACUAAAUUCUAACGAAACGUGAAGGCAACAAUCAGUGUCUGGUCAUGAUUUACAAAAAUGACUAAUUUGAUAUUUUUUCCCCAGUGUGUCUGUGUCUGCGGACGUUAAGCUGCUGCUGUCGCUCUCCUCGUCACAGGGUCAGACCGAAGCCGUGUUCCUUUUUAUUCACGACUCAUAACAACUGGUCAAUUAUUCCCGAUCACGGUUUUUUCAACAGGUCAUUUAGAGAAAUGCCCCAAGUGCUUGUAAAUAACCAAAUUACACGCGGAUGUGGAUUAGCAGUAGCCUACGGUGGCUCUCACACUGUUUAACAUCUUUCGGAGGGGAAAUGUGCGUCUUGUAUUUUGUGCCAAAUUUUUUUGUCUUUUGUUUGCUUUUUCAUAAUGCGUGUGUCUGUGUGCUGGAGUGAUUUUGGAUUUUUUUUUGUUUUUGUUUUGUUUUUUCUCUUGUCUUAAUUUCUUUGGCUGAAGAUUUAAGUUUUAAUGCUUUUUUUUUAUAUAUACUUUUAAAAACUUCAGUCAAUUUUAGGAAAUCGUUUUCAAACAUUGUGGCUAGAUGGUGAAUUACUGAAUGUCCAUCUUGUGUUUUCAGUCUCGGUCUUCAUCCGAUAACAAGCAUUUCACCGUGGUUAGUUACAUUUGAUGAGCUCCGAGUCACUGGAAGUCGGAGGCCGAGCUGUGCAUGUUGAUAACACGCUCGACAUUUUGACUUACCUGUCGCACUGUUUUAUGAGUUCAGAGGGGGUGUCACUCAACCAGAGGCUGUUAUUGUUGAUUUAAUCGGAAUAUUCUUUUUUUUUUUUUUCCUCUUUCAAUUUAUUGGACCAACACGAUAAAUUCAGACCCUUAAUAAAUUGGUAAGAUUCUGCACCAGCCCCAUGUACCCUCGUACAGCUAUACACGCAGACGACUGUAAAUGUACAAAAAUCACCUGUACCGUACAGUAAAUGUAUAUAUUUAUUGCCCAAGGACACGACCACCUCUUGGGUCUGUUUGGUUGUAUUUGGUGCAAUUACUAUUAUUACUAUUAUAUAUUUCUCAAGACUUACCUGCUAGCCACUCCUGUUUUUAGUACGACGUGGUUUGUGGCCUGAACCCCCCUCUUUCUCUCUGUGUGCCUAAAUUUAGCCAAGAAAUGAGUAAAUGGCAACAUAAGUAAAUGGUGGUUAUUAUGUAAAUAUGGGAAACUAAUGACAAACUAUUUAUUAAAGGUUUAUUGUACAAUGAAA